CUCACCGUGUUUACAGGCGCACGCUGAAGCGGUUGAAUCGAUUGGCGGGCUGACGGUAUCCGACUGUCCGGAAACAAUAAUAAACAAAAAAGAAAGAUCAACGGGCAAAUAAAAGGAGGUGAAGUUUCAAGUGACAAAUACAGAAUGGAAGAGAAGCAUCCGAGUGUCCAGUAACCUCUCCAGAUGUCAUCAUAGUAGUUCAAGUAAGUGACCUUAGAAGAGACGACUGAGGUGCUGUGCAGACCAGUGUUGACGUUUUGGAUAUGUGGUGUGGUGGCUCACCACAGGAGUGCCAGCUUUCAAAGAUUAGGCCAAUCAGCAGCUCGAGGCCGAUCGCUGUGCUAAGCCAAUCAGAACGAGGAAGCCCACUUGCGUCCAUGUGAUUAGCUGCUAUAUCUUCUGUAAACCAGACUGAGAAAGGCCUGUCAAGCUGAAGCACACCCAUAGAUGGCCGGACAGACAGGCUGCCUGGGGUAAGGCCCUUCAUUUUAUUUGAAGGGACAAAAAUCGAGAGCUUCAAAAGCCAAGGGGCCAUACCUGCUACUGCCUGCUAUGGGCUUCUUUUUGCUGCUGACAACUGGACGUGUUGGCUGUUGUCAGUAAAGAGACACUGAUGGGUCACAAAUAAAGGUGUUACUAUCAUUAUAAUAUCCCUAAUUGAGAGAAGGCCAUCUGUCGAGGAGACUAUAACAUUAAGGUGCAAGCGGCCCCCACAUAAAACAGCCAGGAGAGAAUGUCCGGCUACACCCGAGUCUCCACGUAUAGCAUGGAGAACAAAAGACUUGUGGUCAUUAAAGAAGAAGAAGACGAUGACAGUGAUUGGGAGUCUGGGCAACGUCAGACAAAAGAAGAAAACUGUCAAGGGGGGCUGGCAGUCAUUAAAGAAGAGCCUGAGCCAACAUCCGACACCCGUGACGCUGUAAGCCGCAUCAAGUCCGAAGACAUUGAAUCAGAAUGGCCCUGUUGGCCUGUGCGUCCACAUGGGGAGGGAAGUGGAACUGGCGUGACAGAGAGUGAACCGCACUUUGUCCUUCUGAAGAGCGAGUCUUGGGACUGGGAUGUGAUGAAGACUGAGAGAGUGUCGAGUUUACCGUAUUCCGGUGAAGAUCUAUUAGAAAAUGGCACCUCCUCCCCAUCUUCAUCUCCUCAGAGCUCUGUUCAGCGUAUCCCAGAGGAAAAUGAAACUGUGAAAAAUCUGUCAUCUGGAUCGGAGAUUUUGCUACCGGCCUCGUUGCCGCACAGUUUCCUGCCAGUUGUGAAGUUAACACAGAUAGACGCAAUCAAAACUCAGCCACAGGCGCACAAUUCAAAAUCUGCAAGUUCGGCGGCCUGCCAUGAGACUAGGAAAACCUCAAAAAGCAAAGCUAAAACUAAAUAUAAGCGGAGUUAUUCCAAACAGAAGACAUUCUGCUGUUCUGACUGUGGAAAGAUAUUCUCUGUGAGGAGCAGUUUUUACAGCCACGUAAAAAUUCACGCUCCAGAGAAGAGACAUUGCUGUGCCGAGUGUGGCAAAAGAUUCACUCUUAGGAGCACCCUGAACAGCCACAUGAGAACUCACUCUGGGGAGAAGCCGUACGCCUGCAUUGAAUGUGACAACCGAUUUUCACGAAGGAGCCACCUUCAGACCCAUGCGAGAGUUCACACUGGAGAGAAGCCGUACUGCUGCUCUCAGUGCGGCAGGCAGUUUUCGCAGACGAGCAGCCUGAAUAAACACUUGAGAAUCCACACGGGGGAGAAGCCAUAUUGCUGUGCUCAAUGUGGCAAACGAUACGCCUCCAACAGCAGCCUUCAGGUCCACAAACGGUUCCACACUGGAGAAAGGCCGUAUCCCUGUUCGGAGUGUGGGAAACGAUUCUCCAGAAGCAGUGACCUUCAGAUGCACGUGAGGCUUCACACUGGAGAGAAACCAUACUGCUGCCCCGACUGUGGAAAGAGGUUCACCAGAAGAAGCAAUCUUCAGACCCAUUCAAAACUGCACAAGGGGGAGAAACGGUACUGCUGCUCGAAAUGUGGUGAAAGUUUCUGUUUCAGGAACAGUCUUCGGUCUCACAUCAGAAAUCACAGCGGGGAAAAACCUUAGUGAGGUGCUGAAUAUGGCAAGUGAUACAUACACCACCAAUAGCAGUCUGCGGAGACACCGGACCUCUCUCUUCACCUGGGGGUUUCUCUCCAGUGUUGGAGUUAAAUCACUAAGCAUCUCCUCUCAUGUAGGAUGAACUUGAAGCUCUAGUAGGGUUGAGGGUAUCAGCAGCCCCUGGGAUUAGCCCUUGCACUUUGAGGUGAGAAGCGUUUUUUCUUUUGUAAACUUUCAGUAAUACCCAGUCACCAGGAUGACCAGCGUCUGACACCGACUUGGGCAGGGGAGAGGCGACUGUUAGCUGUGAAUGUGGAGUCUUCGUAAGAGCAAUUCCAGGCUGCCACACGUCUUCCGAGAGUAAAUGGAAAGUCAUUUGCGUGUCAGUCAGUUGAGCUGAGGCAAGUUCUACCAUAGGGAAGAAUCUUCACAAGGUCUUUGAUGUAUCUUAUCCAGCAUGAGUAAGUUAGUUUCUCUCGUUUAGAUUGUUAUCCCUUCCAGAUGAAACUACAGGUGCAUCUCAAUAAAUUAGAAUAUCAUGGAAAAGUUCAUUUAUUUCAGUAAUUCUAUUCAAAAAGUGAAAC